CCGAAAGGAGGAGGAAUGCCCAUGGACGUUACAGUAACUCCGUCCUCCAUCCGGUUGAUAACCCCUGAGGGCUGCACGGAGGUCUGGCUGCCAGCAGAGGUCAGGCUUGCACCUUCUUCUUGCCGUGGGCUGCAGUAUAUCGCUGGGGAUGGACUACACCUGCGGCUGCAGGCACAAGCAGAGUUCAGCACAAAACUGAUUUCAGUGUUUAAUCAAAGCUCUCAAGCCCAAGAAUGUUGCACAUUUUAUUGCCAGUCCUGUGGUGAAGUCAUAAUAAGGGACAGGAAGCUCCUCAGAGUGCUCCCACUGCCCAGUGAGAACUGGGGAGCUCUAGUUGAAGAGUGGUGCUGUCAUCCCAACCCCUUUGCUAAUAAGCCACUUCAUCCGCAAGAGAACGACUGUUUUAUCGGAGACUCCUUCUUUUUGGUGAAUUUAAGAAGCAACUUGUGGCAGGAACCAAAAGCAAAUACCAAGGUAAUUUGUAAGCGUUGCAAGGUAGUGUUGGGAGAGACUGUGUCAUCAGAAACCACUAAAUUUUACAUGACAGAGGUAAUUAUUCAGCCAUCUGAGAGAAGUUUUUCCAUCAUACCAAGGUCGCAGUUUGUCCAGAGUGUUGUUGCACAGUGUCUGGUGGAACUCUCCUCUGCUAAAAGCACUUUUAGAUAUACUAUUCAAGAUCAGAAUGGCAAAGUAUAUAUCUUGAUCUGGCUUUUAAAUUUAGACAGUUUGGUGGUUGAAUCUUUGAGAAGUUCCAAGCAUACCACAAAGUUCCCCCUAUUCGAAGACACGUUGAAAUCAGACUCCAGUCCUGCCUGGAAUGCUGUCAAGGUCCUAUACCAGCCAUGCAUCAAAAGUAGGAAUGAAAAGCUUGCCAGUUUGUGGGAAAGUGACAUCAGCGUUCACUCUUUGACCCUGCCCUCUGCAACCUGCCUGGAACUGCUGUUGAUACUGUCAAGGAGUAACGCCAUGCUGCCUCCUUCCCUUCGCCAAAUGAAUUCCUUUCAGGUGGCCUUUUUGAAGAUGUAACUGUUGGAACCGAGGCCUUCUGCUCCCCCAGCAAACAGCUCUCCCUAAUAUAGCACACUGAAGGCCAGCCCUGAGUUCUGUGCGCAUCGAUCACAAAGAUAAGCAGAGAUGCGAUGAGAGCAUUGCAUUGAGGUUUUUUAGUUUAUUUGUUUGCAUAUAUUCUUUACAUAUGCAUUGGAUCUCUGAAAACCCAGGGCUAUGAAGAAAGUUGUAAUAGUAGGUUGUCAUCAGAUUACGUAUAGAAAUUACAUCUUUAUUCCCCACAGAGAGGAAUAUUUGGAUCUCUGCUGUGUCAGCACCACCUGGAAGGGUAUUAGCUAAUGGAGACCCAUCUGUCCUGUGUGGGGUGCAGCAAGGGACUUUAUUGGUGGAACUCAGUAUGAACUGCUAUAAAUCUGAGGAUAUAAACUUUUAAAGAGCUUUUUAGGUUUAUUUAACAUAAUUUUAAAAACAAAAAUAUAGAACUUUUUAAACCUUAUUCAGAGGAGAGGCUCAGCAGAUAUUUGGUGAAUGAAUGAU